GAAUAUUCUGUAAGAAUCUCUUAUUAUAUGUAUUUAUUCUGUGAUUAUUGUGUUGUAUAUAUUGAAUAGCAUUUAGUGUGAAAUUGAUUUAAUGUGCCGAUUAUAAUCACCGUGCACAAAAAAUGAUUGAGCAUGGCGUAAUAUUUGGCAGUAGGCUCUAAAUAUAUAAUAAUAAUUGACAGUUGGCUACACCGAUAAGGUAAAACACCAAAAUAAAUUAACAUAGUGUGUAUUGAUAAAACAAUAUCAUCAUGGACGCGGUAAAGUACAUGGACAAACUACUGGACUGGAAUGAGCACGAUCAUAAUUUCACCAUAAAUGACACGCUAUACGAUCCGAGUGAUUGGGAAAUUGAAUUGCCCUUGCUUGAUGCUCUAGAAUUUUGGCCCUACCAAGUGAUCCUGAUCAUAUUAUACUCAACAACCGCAUUUGUAUCGUUGGCAUUUAACCUGGUCACAAUUGUGGUACUGAGCAAGGGUGGUCGUAUUAGUACGGAAAUAUGGCAGUACCUGAUCAAUUUAUCCGUGUCCGACAUAUCCAUGUCCAUUUUUAGUAUACCGUUCACGUAUACCGGGUUCAUGUUAAAUCGCUGGAUAUUUCCUACCCAAUUGUGCCCGGUGGUUAAUUUUGCCCAGUUAUGCGCCGUGUUUGUCAGCACCUGGACCCUCACGGUUAUUGGGAUUGAUAGGUGA